AUGGUCCCGUUUUUCUGCCGCGUGCGGGCACGUCGUCAUCAUCCAGCAGCCUGCUUGUUGCGCGCGCGUCCCGUUUGAAAAAAAAAAUAUACAGAAAGGAGAGGUGGAAGCUCGUGCAGCAAAUGACAGGCUCCUCGUGCGACAGAAAGACAUCACCAGAGUUGGAGAGAAGUAAAGAAGUAAAAAAAUAGAGUUCAAUGGAAUAGAACAGUGGAGACUCUUUUCAUUCUACCUGCUGAGUGUUGAAGCUUGUGAUGCGGACUUCGGAGCUGAAACUAAAAACUUGUUUAAAAAACGCUAUCCUGCGAUGGAGCUGAGGAUGACGACGACUGCCAUGGACACAAACAACAACAACAACAACAACAACAACAACAACAACAACACAGGAGGCGUCAUCUCUUACAUCGGUUCGUCUGGAGGCUCUCCGCCCAGGACCAGUCCAGUCUCCAUGUACAGCGAGAACUCCUCCUCGUCUUUGACUCCCUCCUUCCUCAGCAGCGGCGGCUCAAGCUCGGGCUCCGCAGGCGACGACGGCGGCUCCUCGUCCGCCUCCUCUUCAGCAGGAGGCUCGCCGAGAGGCCGAGACGACGGAGGCCCUGUGAGGGCAUCGCCCAGCAAGUCUGUGGCCAGCCUGACCAAACUCAAUGGCAUGGUGUUGCUGUGUAAGGUCUGUGGAGACGUGGCCUCAGGUUUCCAUUAUGGAGUUCAUGCGUGCGAAGGAUGCAAGGGAUUUUUCCGCCGCAGCAUCCAGCAGAACAUUCAGUAUAAGAAGUGUCUGAAGAACGAGAGCUGCACCAUCAUGAGGAUAAACAGGAAUCGCUGCCAGCAGUGUCGCUUUAAGAAGUGCCUGUCUGUGGGCAUGAGCCGCGACGCCGUUCGUUUCGGUCGGAUCCCGAAGCGCGAGAAGCAAAGGAUGCUGGCUGAGAUGCAGAGCGCCAUGAACAACAUGGCGAACAUGCAGAACGAUUUCCAGCUAGCCAGCCUCACCUCCUCCUCCUCCUCCUCCUCCCCCUCCCCCGCCUCUUCAUCCUCUCCGUUGCCGGGGGUGACCAUCGCCCCCCAGCCUCCGCCCCAAGCUCUGCCUUUGGCUCCCGCCUCGCCCUCCCCUCCCGCUCCGGCCACUUCCUCCUCACCCCCUCCUCUUCCUCCUCCCCCUUUUCCUGCCCUUCUCUGCCAGAGCCCCUCCCCCCCGUCCUCACCCCCCUCCAGCCCUGGGUUGGACACCACCAUCAGCGCCAUCGCCCUAGCUCACCGCGAGACCUUCCUGUAUGCGCACGACAAACUAGCCAAUCCCCACACGCCACCUCAGCAACAGCAGAAUAACCACGCCCACUACGGCAACAAUGAGGCGGAGCACUGGGGGCCCAACAGGUGCCAAAACGGUUACCAUGCCAACGGCCUAAAUACUAUCUACCAUCAUAACAACAACCACGGGACAGGGCACUACCUGCAACAGGACAACAGCAGGAACAUUACGCAUCAUCACCAAGGCAACAGGAAGCGGACCCUGCACAACAGCAAUAUGAUUGGAGGAGAAGGGUUCAAUGACCCUGGGACCCAGGGGCAGAACUGUCCAAUGAAGAACCGCACCGGGAUAGUGUUGGCCUGCCCAAUGAACAUGCAGCCUCAAGCCGACCCCGCGAAGAACCCUCAGGAAAUCUGGGAGGACUUCUCCGUGUCCUUCACCCCUGCUGUCAAGGAGGUGGUGGAGUUUGCCAAACACAUCCCCGGAUUCAGUUCUCUGACUCAGAACGACCAGGUCACCUUGCUCAAGGCGGGCACCUUUGAGGUGCUGAUGGUGCGCUUCGCUUCCCUUUUCAAUGUGAAGGAGCAGACUGUGACUUUCAUCUCUGGCGCCACCUACAGCCUGGUGGAGCUGCAGGCAAUGGGGAUGAACGAGCUGCUGAGUGCCAUGUUCGACUUCAGCCACAAACUGGCUGUGCUGGAGCUGAGCGCCCAGGAACUGGGACUGUUCACCGCCGUGGUGCUGGUGUCUGCAGAUCGGUCUGGUAUCGAGAAUGUGGCGUCAGUGGAGCAGCUGCAGGAGAACCUGAUCAGGGCGCUGCGUUCGCUGAUCUGCAAGUCCACGGAACCCAACGGCCAGAACCAUCACAACGUGGACUCGCCGCGCUUCACCAAACUACUUCUGAAGCUUCCCGACCUGCGGACGCUCAACAACAUGCACUCUGAGAAGCUGCUGUCUUUCCGCAUCGACGCCUGAAUGACCUCGCGGUGACGACGUCCCGGGCGCUUCUUCGGACCGGCCGGUGAUAGUAAGACACACAAUAUCAUAUGGUGCUCUCUACCGCCAUUGACGCCAAGUCAUGACGUUACUACCCCAAUGUGCUGAAGAUGCCAUCCCCGACAAAUUGUAAAGACUUCAAAGUGAUGAUGUCAUCAACAAAACUUUUCAGCAAAUGACUCACCGCUAAAAAAGAAAAGAAAAAGGCUGUAGCUUAUGGAGCAACGACUUGGCCACGCAGACCGACCGAGUAGAAGGACCAGUUCUACAUUUUUAGGAAUGCUGGUUUGCCAUCUUGCCCAGAGACAAUGAUCAGUUUUUAAUGCUUUGUUUUAAAGCUUAGCGCAAAUACCAGAAACAAAGGGAAACUGCUAGCCAUGCUCGUGCUUUGGUUUAGUCGAAUUCAACCCUGAAGAGUAAUGGUGGUACUUUGUGUUUUGAAUUAUAGCCCAAAGAAUUAUGGAUGAAUGUAAUUAUUUUGGGUAAAAGUUGUAACCCAGUCAACCAUCUCUAAAGGAACUUGAAGUGUAAUGAAGUUCAUCUCGGACAGGCUUGAGCUUUGUCUGUACUCUGACCGCACUUCGAUCCAACAGACUUGUGGAUUUUUACAUCUCGAGUCCGGCCAGCAGUUUCCCCCUAGCUUUCAGUCUUUGUACUAAGAGAGUCUAAAACAUCCUGGACUAGUCUCUGUGCCAGAUGAAGAGAUAAAAGUGGUGUCGAUUUGAAACGACCUGGAGAAGACGGACAACGGGAUUAUUCAAAAGUCGGACUCAUCGGGAGCAGCCAACAACAACAUCCACAACUUCCAGGUAUCACAGACUGACGCUGGUGCUUCAGCAAAGGACCGGCAGUGACGAACAGCUCCACUGACCGAUGAGACAAAAGUCAGACAAUACAGCGUGCUGCUGUGAGCGUCUCUUAACGGACACUAUGCUGCAGAUUCUUGUAUAAAAACUGUAAAUAUCCAAUAAUGCUUGAAGCUGUGUUCAACACACAAAGAUAUAUUAUACAUCUAUAUUUUUUGUUAAUAAGAGUACACGCCUGUGCAAAUAUUAUGACUGUAAGAAAGCGUGACUGUACCUACAAUGUUUGAAAUGCAUUAAAUGAAGACGAGAUAUUCUGAGGUUUGUAUUUUAAUCUUUGUUUCCUGUUGUAUAGACAUUAUAUAAUGUAUAUAUAAAUGUGUACAAAUCUGA